UUAAAGCCGAAAUUAGAAGAAAGAAACGUUAAAAUGCUUCAGGCAGGAAACCUACAAUUUUGACUCUCACUCCAAUGGCCAUCGCCGCCGCAAUUACGGUGCCUCUCACAACUCCAAGGCGCCGUUCUCUUUCUUCUACUUCCGCUAAUCCCAUUCGAUUUUCUUCUCCUUUAACUGCACGACCGAAAAAUCUCAAAUUCACCGCCGGUAGAGGAACACAGUGCCCUAAUUUCCGCAUUUGCGCGGCAUCUUCAAUGAGAAUCAAAGCUCCGGAGAAAGGUUCACCAGAUUCUUUCCUUGAUCGUAAGGAAAGCGGAAUUCUUCACUUCGUCAAGUAUCACGGCCUCGGCAACGACUUCAUAUUGGUUGACAAUAGAGAUACAACAGAACCUAAGGUCAGUCCUGAUCAAGCUGUGAAACUAUGUGACAGAAACUUCGGGAUUGGUGCUGAUGGCGUGAUAUUUGCAAUGCCGGGUGUCAAUGGCACUGAUUAUACCAUGAGGAUCUUCAAUUCAGAUGGAAGUGAGCCAGAGAUGUGUGGUAAUGGAAUUCGAUGCCUUGCCAAAUUUAUAGCUGAGCUUGAGAACUCCCGUGGAAAGCGAAGUUUCACCAUACAUACAGGGGCUGGACUUAUUGUUCCUGAGAUUCAAGAAGAUGGAAAGGUUAGGGUUGACAUGGGUGAACCCAUUCUGAAGGCAUCAGAUGUGCCCACGAAACUACCCCCUAAUAAAGAUCAAUCUGUUGUUAAAGCAAGACUAGAUUUAGAUGGAAGUGCUUGGAACGUCACCUGUAUCAGCAUGGGAAAUCCUCAUUGUGUCACUUUUGGUACAUCACAAAACCAGGAUUUGCAAGUAGAUGAAUUGAAUUUAGCAGACAUUGGUCCAAAAUUUGAACAUCAUGUGAUGUUCCCUGCUCGCACUAACACAGAAUUUGUACAAGUCUUCUCCCCAACACACCUUAAAAUGCGUGUCUGGGAGCGUGGCGCAGGUGCGACACUAGCCUGCGGGACAGGAGCUUGUGCCGUAGUUGUUGCAGCAGUGCUUGAGGGUCGUGCUGCAAGGCGGUGUACUGUUGAUUUGCCUGGUGGGCCUCUGGACAUUGAGUGGAAUGAGAAAGACAACCAUAUAUACAUGACAGGGCCAGCAGAGGUAGUUUUCUAUGGGUCAGUUCCUCUUUAAGCCCUUGAAUGUAAGUUUAUUUUAACUUCAUACAUUCUGUAAGCUAUUUAAAUCUUUUAGAUUUCAUAAGUAAGCUCCAAAUGUUUGCCACUUUGUUGGAAAAUGAACGAAAUGCAGAAGACUGGAUCUUGGAUAACCAGAUUACUUUAAUUGUUGCCUCAAUUGAGCUUUUUCUUCUUUCCAUAUCCUUCUGCGGUGAUUUCUCAAAGAUGUAAACUUUUACUCUCUCCCAUUUAGUCAUUUUGAGGAGGCAGAGAAGUGCAUUAGUUUCAUAUUGGUCGAAGUUGUAUAAGGAUCAUUAUUGAAUGGAGCAGGCUAUUCUUCUCAUUGGGAUACUCACACUCAUAGAAUUAAUCGGUUGUCUUGAGGUUAGAGAAAUUACAUUAGGCAUAGACCUGUACAUACCACCUAGUUUACGCCAUCAAGUUGUAUCGUGUAAAGUAAUUAGCUGAAUUAAGAGGCUUUUUUAUUAUGUAA